AUGAGAGACUGCUUGAACUGUACGGCGCAGAAUCGCCAGUGUGUCUUUGCGGAUGAUUGGGAGUCCUGUCUAACCUGCAAAGAAGCCAAUAGUGGCCAGUGUGACGGAGUUCUGAACCUGUCUGAUAUCUCUCUGGCCAACACUGAUUUGAGAAAGGCUGAAAAAGAAGCCAUGCAGCUUCUGGCACGUGCAAAGCAAGACGCUGAAAUUCUCAAAAACCUGAGCGCGGAUCUCAAGAUAAAGCAAGCCAGCUUCUCGGCCUCGAAGGCAUCCCAUACAGAAGCUCAGGAUUCUGAGCGUCUCAAGACGGAAAUUCAGGCGAUGGCCUUGACUGGAAAACAGGUCUCCGAACGCCACAAGGCAGACAGAAUGGCUUACAACCAGUCUCUUCAACACAUCAAAGAAUUACGAGAACGCGCAGAGAAUUUAUUUCAAGAACUCUUCAUCCAGGUGCAUCGUCGCACGAUCAAUGACUGUUUUGAGUGUCAAGAUACUGGCAAAGCCUGUGCCUUGUCGGACGAGUCGGAGCAAUGUUUCCCGUGCCAGAGCCCCCUUCGCCGGCGUUGCCAAGGGAGUUUGGACGACGAAGAUACUGAUCGGAUGAGAGUUGCGCUGGAAAAUCUUGAUGAUCAAAUCGACCAGCGUUUAUCUUGCGAAAGUCUCCAACCCGACCAGUACCAAUCGUUGAAAGCGCAACUCGUGCAGGCGAAAGAGGUUAUGGCGGGUUACAGACAGCAUCCUGAUCCGACGCCGCAGCAGUGUGCCGAUUAUGCUCGUCGUCACUCGCUUUUGAAACGGGCAAAGAAGGAGCUAGAAGAUUUUCGCAAUCAAAGCAUGAUAGAUGACCCUACUUACCAAGAGCUCCGAAUUCGAAGGCGAUUGGUGGAUGAGUGUCACUCCGAACUACUUGAACGUGGAGUUUUUUACUACGAGGAGCUCGAAGAACUUGCCGGACACCCUGAACGGCGUGGUCACAAAGCAGCAGAGCAUAUGGAUCAUGAUGAGUUUCGUGCGGCAGUGGAAUGGGCUGCCGAACACCAUGAGGAGUGGACUCAGUCUCCUCUUCCUACGACGACGCUGUCAGAGGGUACGGAUGAUGAUGACGCAUGGGAUUCUGGCAUAGAGAUCUAA